UCGCUACCAAUGUCAGAUUAGUUCCAUUUUAUCAUUCACUGGUAGCGGUUGUCCCGCAGCGAGUGGAAACAAUUCUUUAAAAAAUCCGUGAAUUCCCGUAAACUCAGAUACGUAAAAUCGGUCGUACGGUAAGCAAAACACUUUUCUAAGCGUUUUGCACACCCCAAUCGUCGAAGCAGAAUGUGAAAGUUCACAAUUUUGCACGUGCCGCGAGUGUAUCCGCGAUUCGCAUGCAACGUGAAAUGUUUGGGUGAUGCAUUUUCCCGGUGGCGUGUUUAAUGCAAAGUGUGUAUUUAAUCUUGAGUUGUUAAAUUAGUUAGUUUUAAAGGAAAAAUUCGAGCCCACAAACAACAAGUGUGUGUGGUGGUGGUUGUGGUGGUGAUUACGAGGUCAACAAGAAUCGUUGUGAAGCAAUCGUGUCGUCGUUGUGACGGAAAGUGUGUGAGCGCUUACACAUGUUUGUGUUUUCAUGAAAUUAUGUAUUUUGCGUUAAGUGUUUUUGCAAGCUGAUAAGCAUUCGCGAAUGGUGUGUGCUGAAAGUGAUUCCACGUCAGAUGUUUGCAUUAUCAAGUUUCACACUGGCAAAAAAGUGUUCCAAAUGUUCGUCAAGCCUUUUCGCGUCUGGGCGAAAGUAGUAUCCAACAACAAAUAGGUUUCAAUUUUUUCGAUCAAAAUGGGCAGCUUUGGUGAUAGUAAAUCGCCGUGCCGCAUCGGAUUGAGCAGGACGGUGGUGGGAAGUUUAUUUUGUUUCCUGCUCGUCAUAAAUCAUGUCGCAACACAGCUAAUAAUCAACGUACAAAAUCAGGGAGGUGAAAUCGUACAGGAGACAAUAACAUCCAGUGUUGGGGAUGAAACAUGUACAUUGGAAUUCCAGAGAAGCGAUGGAACACUAAUAACGGAGCUGAUUGACUUCAAGAGUGAAGUGCAGGUACUGAAAGCACUAGUACUCGGUGAGGAAGAACGGGGACAGAGUCAGUAUCAGGUGAUGUGCUUCGUGACCAAAUUCCAGAAAGGAGAUUUCAUCACUGCCGAUGCGAUGGUAAAACUACGACAGAAAAAUCCCAGCACGAUCCGAACACCGGAAGAGGACCGAGGGAAGGAGAACUACACGAUGACCGGCUGGGUGCUGUUGGACCGUGCCAUGCCAAUUUCGCGUCACGUGGCACCGUUCUGUGUGGAAGCACAAGAGGCAACGUACGUGCGUGACGUUGACCUGAAGGCGUGGGCCGAACUGCCAGGAUCAUCGAUAUCCAUACUGGAAUCGGCGGUGAAGUGGUUCCCGUCGGCGAACACCGUUACGGCACCAUCGCGCUGCAGCGACGUCAGCGCCAUCUGGGCACCGUGCCUCUGUACGCUGGAGAUGUGUAUCGGGUGGUAUCCGUGCGGGUUGAAGUACUGCAAGGGUAAGCCGGAAAACGCACUGCAGAACAAUGGCGGUGGUAGCUACCGGUGCGGUAUCAAAACGUGUCGCAAGUGCCAUCAGUACUCGUACUACGUACGCGAGAAGCAGCAGUGCUUGUGGGAUGAAUGACCGAAAAUGGGCCAUCGGUGCCCUCAGCAACCUUCAACAGCAGGAGUAGCAACAGCAGCAACGCCAACAACAGCAUCGCAAACAUCACAGAAGACCCGAACCUUGUACGAUGGGGAAGGUUCGUACCUUAACGGAGGACAGCACAAUUACGGAAGCGAUGGAAGCACUUGGGGCAGCCAACACUUACAGACACAUCCGGGCUGGAGUACAACACGCAAACCAGAACCAACGGUAGUACAGUACCGUCGACCACCAUCACUGCCCGCUACUAUCGAUUACGGUAAUCGCCACCAAUAUUCGGAACAUCGGAUAAAACAGCAACAGAAACCGCGGCAGCUGGUACCAUCGUCCUGGUGGUUAUCGUUAGAUCUGCUGCUAAUCUGGACGUUGCUACCGAAGGCGACGCAGUGGACCGACAAAAAGCAGCACAAUACCACCGUACCAGUAGCAACCAUUAGCAACAGUAGCGAGCGACGAACGCCUACGGAAGCACGAUCGACAGCAUCGAUAGUAUCUGCAUGCCGGGUGCAACAUCAACACGAUACAGGUGACCAGUGGAGCGUGAAACACAAAUCACUACUACUACUACGACCUACACCAUCGUACAGGUGUUUCCCAAUACGCCACAAUCCACCGAAAAUGGUCGCCCGAUCGGUGAACGAGCGGGACCCAAUAGUUGAAACAAUCAGUGAAUUUAAUUUUACCUUACCCACACCAUUGCCAGCAACAGUGCCAUUGAGGAUGGGAGAGCGGCCAACGGGAGCCGAGGUAACCGCAAGAUACACACCUUUCGCCGUGCUUCUGGCCACCGUCGGUCCGUCGACUUCUUUCGGACAGGGUUUUCAGUUUAACGAAAUUAUUUUAUAGCACAAAUAGGUUUAAUGAGUUGCACACUCUGUAGGGGCGCGCCAUCCCCGUGUACGGUCACCAUUUUUGUGUUGUUGCUUUAUUUGCCAUUUUGCAACAAAUGACAACCGUGGGCCCCCAGUUCCUAAUCUGUAAUCUGUUCCGCACGAAGUCCACAAGUGCGGAUUUAAUGUUCCGGUCGUAAAACGAAGCGAACAGGAUUUCGAGUGUCAAAUGCUGAGCAAGUGGUAAUUUUACCUCAGUGAGAGAGAAGGAAAGAGAAAGAGAGAAAGAGAAAAAAGAUAUACAAUGGACUCGACGGAAUGGACUGUCUGUGCUGUGGUGGCCUUUCGGAGUAAUCAAUUCCACCCGUAUUCUGGACGCGACGCUGAUUCGUGUAGCACAAAUAGGAUAAGGAGGAUUUAAAAGUAACACACCACCAGGUACGAAGAAAAGCACCCGGUACCUUUUUGUUCCCGUUCGCUAGUAAAUGGAUCGGAACCACAUUACAAAAGAAAUGCCGCCACCAGACAAACGGCAACGGGGUGUGUGGCGUACACUAUGGUCACUCGGGAACACGCACCUUUACCGGGUAUACCUUGAGUAACUCUGCAAGUCGCUAACGAAGAAGUAGAAAGAAAUGAACAAAACAAAAAAAUCACAGUAUUAAAACACUCAAACGAAAUGGAAUGUGUACGAAACCAUAAAGAAAACCGUAAAGAACGGCAGGUACUCUUCUUCUGGCGGUCGUACGUUUGGUCCAUUUCUAUUCCAACUUUUUUUAUGCUUUUGAGUUUUUGCUUUUAAAGACCAACAACGCCUCGUAUUCGACAACCGUGUGCAAAAUGUUCAGGUUGAUUACAUUCCUAUGGGUUGGGCGUGCGGAUUUUGUGUUUUUAUUUCCGUUGAGAAGCGAUGGGCCACCUUGCACCGUACCGCUUCGCUUAGGGGAGAUUCUUCAAAUUGUGUUUUUUUGUAGCUUGUUUCCGUUUGGCUUUCAACAAUCCUCGCGUGUCCCGGGUAAACUGGGUUGAUACCGGCGGGUGAAGCAUUAGCCCCGAUACCACCGAUGAAAUUAUUUCAACUCCCAUUCUUUUCAUUCAUCUUUUCUCAAGGGAGGGAGCGAGCAAAGAGAAUAAAAACAAACCUCCAGUAACACCUUGGGACACGGACCGACCCGUGUGAAAACCCGUGGCAAUGGGUUUUCUGCCGUUAUCUGCUGUUCCUAAUCUCUCGCACUUGCAAUUUACUUUCCUUAAUUGUUUCUUCUAUGUCGUACCCUCAGGUGCACAAGGGUAGCGAUCGUACGCAUAAGAUACUGGGCGCACUAGAAAACGGAGCCCCUUUCCGUGGGCAAGAAUAUAAAACGUUUUCAAUGGAGACGCCCAGUGUUUUACGUUCCGUUUGCGUGUACAAGGCUUUGUUGCAAGCGUGUGUAUGUUUACUUUUCCCAUUUUAGAAGUAAUUGCAAUGUUUGCUACUACACACUACGAUACUAAGUUUUCAAUUACUAAAUGAUUCGUUGAGAAGCAACCAUGAAUAAUGAAAGUUAUAUUCAUUCCUGGUGCUUCAAAAAGCACAUUCUUCAUGCCGGAGAUAAUAUAUUCUGUUGUAUACUAGAAAAAACAAAGCAAAGUGCACUUACUUUGGAAUCUGUUUACUGUUAUUCAUCUACUCGUAGAACAAAACUCGACCGAGGAACGUUCGGUCCGGGUUUGUAUGUGUUUUUUGUUUUGUAUUUCAUUUCAUUUGGGUUUUUUUUUCUUCCAUUUCGUUAUUUUGAAUGGCCAUUCAAGCCAUCUGAAGAUGUAGCAUGAAAUUACUAUUUCGCUUGAGUUUUAUAGAAAUGUUGAUUUCGUUUCGUUUACCUUUCGCUAGCCGUUCUUGGACCGUUUGUUAAGCAGUGAUGAGUUUUCGAGUUGUUUUCAAGUUUUCUUUUUAAAUAAAUUUUGUCUCCCACAUCUUCUUCCUUAUGAAUGCCAUUUACUAUGGUGUAGAUAUAGAUUGCUUUGUUAGUUCUGGUGGUAAGGCUAGGAUGAAAUAUGAACAAACAGAGUACACAAAACUCAUCAUAACGUUAAAUUGAGCUAUAAAUUGCUUUAGCAACAUGAUUUUCUAUUCCCAAAAUGGAAUGGGUAAUAGUUUUAAAUGUAUUUUGAAUCAUGUUUCAAAUGGUUAUAAUAUUUUUCAAAGAAAAAACAAUUUUUUUUCCUUAUUUCUGCAAAUGUGCAUUUGUUUCGAAAUGACUCGCCCUUUUUUUUUGAAGUGGUUUUAUUUUCCCCAAAAAUAGAUAAUCAUGUUCAUCACACUCGGGGCAAGAUGACAAGGUUGACAAACCAAUCGGGAUGUUUUCGUAUUUUUCCUUGGAAACCAAAAACCAUUCCACCAGAACGCGCUUCAUGCUUUUGCGCGUGAACCGAUGCAAAAGAGUAACAAGCGAAACAGCGAAAAAAAAACAAACCGGAAAACGACAACACACAAACGCCACCGGCACAUUCAAUUCCCGUGCACAAUCCAAGGGAAAUGUAAGGGUUCCUCCCCCCCUUUGCGAUAGAGAAACCUGAAGAUGCUUCGCUUCUGUGUUGUUCUUUGUCAUUCGCCUUCUUGGGCUUCUUGGCGGUGACACUUGACAUCGUGUCGCAUCUUUGGUGGUAAGGUUUCCGACCCACUCGGUCCUAGUUACGAGUGACUCUUCUUCGUUUGUCUACAGAAGAGAGAAGAAAAAACACUGUAGUUACGGCUGGACUGGAGAAACAAACAGCCCUAACCAUUUGGGAGGGUGGAGAAAAGCAACAACAAAAAACUCCAAAUCAAGUACUUGCUGCCUUUCUGCGAUGCAGAAGGCAAGGCAUCGAAAAGGAGAUAAAAAAUAAAAUCCUAGCACACAGGAAACCAUAGAGCAUUCUUGCUAUUGCCGCUUUCUGUGCCCACUCAAAGCUCUGGCUGGAUCUUUGUUUGAAUACAUAAUUUGUUUAUGCAGAAGAAACAGCAGCAGCAGCAGCAUCAUCAUCGUGGUGAAGAUAGAAGCCAACCAAGCCAGGACAGGUCGGACAGUCUUCACUCGACUCGACUCGCUUCCGUUGGGUUGGGUUUUGUAGUAAGUUCAUUUCCUGGACCUUCCCUUAUUUCGAUGUCGUUUGUUGUCGGUCAUACCACGGCACCAACAACUUCUCCCGACCGCCACGUUCGGGUGGCCAGGCUGUUAGUUUGCUUUUGCAACGCGUCUUACCUGCUUGCUGUGUGCAUACACUCAGGAGAAGCAAACUUUUCGACUCGGUUCCGUUCGGCGGGUAAUGUGUGUAGCUGGUUAUUUGUGGCUGGUUCCAUAGCUUGUCGUUAGAAUCGUUUAUGUUUUUUUAUGUAUUCCACCGUCUAACUCUAGCUUGUAUCGCUUGUUGUGUGUCGCUUCGGUAGAAAUGAUAGAAACUAAAGGCGAAUGUUGCAAGUUUUCCACCAAGGUUUGGUUUGGAAGAGGGUGAAAGUCGGGCAAGUAAUUUUCACAUUUGUAAAUACAUGUUCGUUCAUUCUUUCUACAAAGGGGUACGGUGUUCUUUUUCGUUUGUUUUGAACGAAAAAAAAGAAAGAGAAAUUGCCGUUCUCGUUCUUGCUUAGCUUUUCACUUCGUUAUUUAUUCCGUUCGAUCCGACAUCUUCAGCAACUCGAUGAUAGUGGUUGCGCCGGGACACGAUGUCUGGGUUUUUUCCUUUUUUUUACUUUUUCCAACUCAUCUCGCAUGUACAGAUAAACCUGUGCCGCUCGUCAUCGAGUGGCACUGUUUGAAAUGCUAUACAUAACAAUAAAUAAUAAAACAGUAAUGGUAACGCUGCCUGCGGAACGGUGGCCCAGUGUAAAAGAGAUUGUCGGGUGAGCCACACCAUUACUAGACAGUAGAGCAAAACAACAAAAAAACCCGCUAAUAGUAGCUGACAGAGGACGAAAGAUAAUGCUUGCCAGAAGGGAGGCGUACUCGGCAGUACAUUAAUGUUAAGAAGAUAAUAGUAUUAUAUUGUAAAGCAGAAAAAGCAGAGGCUGCACUUUGCGUUCCCCCGUCACUAGUGUUAGUGGUUUGAGUUUUUCUUUUUUUAGAUUUACGUUUUCUUUUUCCACCCCAGCAAUUCCACUACGUUCAAUUACUUUCAGCAUUGUGCAAGUAUUUCCAAUAAUUAGUUUAGUGUAUCCACAGAAAUAGAGUGGAGUCAAUCACUCGUCUGAAUGUAUUUAUAGUGACAAUACAGGUUAGAUAUUGAGUUUUUUUUUCUUUAUUCAAUUUCAUUAUAUCUUACACAGCUACAGUAUCUCAGUGCCAUCAAUACACGCGUGUCGAUGGGUGUAUAACAGUGAAAGACUCAGAAUUAGCGCGAAUCGCAUUAUUUAGAAAAAAAACAUUCUACUAAGCCUAACGAUGAAAGAAAGUCCCCUGAAAAUGGGAAAAAAAAACAUUUCCCAAACACUUCAACCACCGUGACUGGUGCUGUACAGUAAAACGAAGAAAUAUUAAAAGAUGAAAAAGAAAUAAAAUAAAAAAGAAGAAUUAGGGAAACAAGAUAUAACCUAGAAAUACCGAAAAGAAUAUAACCAACAAAAAUAAAAAGUAUAAAAUUGCUAGAAAGCGACACAAAAAAAAAUACAUCAACAUAAUACGUGGCCUUAGCUUUCCUCUGAUACUUCCUUCUUUAUAAAGUAAGCAAAAACAUGAAGCGGUGCAGUGUGUUUGUAUGAACACGCAGAACUUGAAGUACUUCAAAGCUAGCAUAUUUGUCAACAUCCCGUAAGAGGAACACAAUUGGAGUUAAAAGCGAAAAAUGAAUAUUAAAAAAAAAAAACACCACCAUUAUAGGGAAGAAUGGUGGCUGAAUAAACAAUACCGUAGUGUGAUAGUAAUCAAAAGCGAACAAAAUAGCGUACAAGCCAAACAUAAUGCAAACACGACGAAUGCACAUCGAACAAGUAAGGUAAAAAGACCUGACACGUGUAGUAAACGCUUCCAAAGAAGGAAGUAAUUAAAAACGCGCUGGAAAUCCUUUUUUAAAAGGGUAAAAUCAUCACCCCUAACACCGAACAUGCUUUAUGUACAGGCCAGCAAAUUCUCCCAACCCUUACGGAAGAAGAGAAAAUAUGAUACGAGCAUGAGUAGUGUUUCUUUAUAUUGGAAAAAAAGUGAAACCCAACCCCACCGGUAGGUUGGAAUAGAACAACUGCCAACUGUUUAUUUUGGCGUCAAAGUUGGUGUAAGUAAUUUUUCAUGUAACCCUACUCCUCCUCCCCCGGGAAACCGUUACCCUCAGUCACCCCCUUGUUUGUAUGGCCUUUCCGUUUGUUCGUAUUCAUCGCCGUGCGAUCAGUAAUAUUGGAACGGUGGCAAAGUUUUACCACCAGUAAGGAAGGUUUUUGGGAAGCCGUUAAGUUCGGUCGUAACUUAGAACCCGCCGCUCGUAAGUCAAUCAAAAUGGUUGAGCAUUUCGGAAAGGAAAGGUGGCCAAACCAUUAGUGUGACGGCAAAUAAAACCUUCGCUCGGUGGAGCAACUUUUCCUAAAGUGUAAUUACUACGCGCGGAGCCGGUUGCGUUCCUGUUUGCCACAGUCCAUGCAGAAGAUAGUUUUCGCAAUGGCGCGAGUCAUCGGGGUUAAAGUUGAUGAGGUCGCUCCUCUCUCUCUCUCUCCCGGGCUCCUCUGCACCGAUUGUUGGGGGGUUCUUGGAACUUUUUAAGCGAUGCCAUUUUGGGGUAGCAAUGCUGGAACGUGGAAGCGUUUGCUGAACGGCCUUUCGUGACCGUUUAACCGGUGUGUACGAGUUUCCUUAAGAAUAAAUGAUUAUCUUACAAGCGGGUAGGUUCACUUUGUGCCACGCUUUCUACGGUACGUGAUGGUUAAUAUUUUUCACUGCUUUUCGAAGCUUGUCGUUAACUAUGACUUUUAACGUGCGAGUUUUGAAAUCGUUAAGAAAAUAUCUUCAUGAUUCGCAAAAGUAUGCCACCUUCUCUCCUGCAUUUGUAUCCGCAGUCAACAUUCCUUCGUGUUUUUCGUUCACAAGUCGAAAACAUUAUUCUAAAAAUCUGUAAACCAUUUUCUCUUUUACAUAAUAAUUUAAAAAAAGUGUUCAACAAAAAAAAACCAAUUAAUAAGAUAAAAAAAAAUGCGAAACGCACAAGCUCAAUCCAUAAUUUCAUAUAUAAACAAACAAAAAAUCCAAAAUGAUUACAACAUUGGCAAUGACACUGAACAAUCGAUACUUGUCUGCAAAACGAACGAAACAAAAGUAGUAAAAAAAAACGAAUAUAGCUGCUAAUGUAAGCUAGUGUGAAGGAAGCAGACGGCUUACGCGGUCGUAAAGUAUAUACAUAAAACAGAAUGCAUAUAUUAUAUAGUAUAUAUUUUAUACGACGCUAUAGACACCCGAGAGAAUGUUAGUAUAUUUCUCAAUUGGAGUAUAGAGAGAAUGGUGAAAAAAAACUGAAAUUAAGACGAUGAAAAACAAAAAAACAAAAAAACAAAAAUGUAAAAUAAUUGACCUAAAGCUCUAAAUAUACUUACAAUUUGAAAGGAGAGUAAAACGUUA